AAUAAGUUGUCACCUUUUUGUGCCUUUCAAUGAUUGAAUUAUGUGGCUAUUUAUAGAGCGUUUACUACAAGUUUUACUAUUGAGUUAAGUGCUAAGUUAUUAUAAUUAGCUGGUUCGUUCGUUUCAACAAAAGAAUUUAUGCACGAAGGUUGUAUUAAAAACAAAAUCUCAACAGUAAUUGCGUCAGUGUGGAAGAAUGCUUUACACUCGUUUAAUUUGAAAAACGCGAAGGGGGUUGCGAGUGGCGAGGUCAGCUGAGUGGGCUUGUUCCUCCCGUACGGCGUACCUAAUGGGUAUAUAUACGAUACAAUCUUGAGUGCGCAGUCGAGUUUAGUUCAAGUAGUUAACUCGCAGACUUGUGACGUUCAAGUAAAAACUUACCCACACGUACUCGUAAAUUGAAAAUGGCAUAAAGCUGCACAAACCAUGGGCUGCACCAGCAGCGCUCCAGUUAUGACAGACGCUCAGAGUGAUGCAACAGUUUUAGAUGGCGCCAAAUCGGAGACAAAUAAUGAACAUUAUUCAAUAGAGGAAAAAGUCCAGAAUACAGAUGUUAAUCACAAGAAUCACUUGAGUUUGAACAGCCACUAUUCUUCUGACAUGCUUCCGAAAAGUGAUAAAAUAAAUGAAAACCUACAAUUACCUAGUUAUAAUUCUAUAUUUUUAAACAACGACUCGGAUUGGUCAGCCAAAGGUAUAGACAAUUGUAUAAACAGUGAUAGUCAGAAAAACAUUGUUCAAACAGAGAAAAAAUUAAAGACGUUUAUCGAAGUAGUAGAUCAAGUUUUAGUGAAUAAUGUAGUAGAAGAUGAAAAAUUAGAAGAAUCACAAGAAGCAGAUGCUGCAAGGAAUGAUCCAGAACCUGAGAAUGUUUCAACAAAAGAGGAAAUUAUACCAGCAAACAAUAAAACUCCUGAAAUAGUUAAUGAAAAUAUAGAAGAAAAGGACGACGUAAAGAACAUUUUAGAACAUGAAAGUCCAACGCAGUCUGAGAGCCGGUCCACUCGUUGGGAGGCUUUGGCAGAUAUAGCUGCAGAACUUCCACCUUCUCUCGCCGUGGACCCUGUCACUGGGCAAAUAUACUCCCUUACCAAAUAACAUAUCUCUUAAAUAAA